AAUAUUAAUCGACUCCGAGCUGGCCUAUUCCAACUAGCAAGAUGGGUAAAACUACACUCCUAAUUAUAGCUACCUUGUCGUUAUGUCUCUGUGAAGCAGGUGUUAUUAAAGAACAUGAAAGGCUCGACUCUAGCCUAGUGAUUUGCCCGACUAUACCAAGUGAUCCGAGUCGAUUGCUGAUUGAUACAGAAAUAGAUGAGCCUGCCAGCUGGGGAGCAAUGGAAAGAAUAUACGCCUUCCCGGAAGCAGGAGUCUUUUCAGCCAAAAUCGCUUGUAUUCUGGUGCAGGAUGUAUCCAUUGAUGGAAGAGGUGGCUCCGCUUCAAUUGUCGCGGGAGGACUUAAUGCAUUACGACUAGUAAUUAAACUCAGGUCAAACCCUGGACAUGAACUACGCUACAGAAUUCAAAUAUAUUCAUAAUAAUAGAAAACUUAUUUCAAGUCACUAAACCAUAUUUGUGAAAUCUUAGUUUUUAUUUCUAUUACCUCUAUUUCGUACAAACCAUUCAAGUUAUAUCGAAAUAGGACAGCGCAAAGUGCCAUCUAUUACCAGAAUGGACCAGCAGGCUGUAUAUUGGUAUAUUACUAGCCUAUUCA